CUGGUGGUGGUGGUGGUGGUGUAGGUGCUGCUGCUGCUGGUGCUGCUGCUGCUGCUGAACUCAGCUGCUGCUUCCAGUACUUCCCCCUACACAAUGCUGCCUGCUGCCCUUACCUCCUUCCUGGGGCCAUUCCUUGUGGCCUGGGUACUGCCCCUUGCCCGAGGUCAGACCCCCAACUACACCAGACCUGUGUUCCUGUGUGGAGGGGACGUGACGGGAGAGUCGGGUUACGUGGCAAGUGAGGGUUUCCCCAACCUCUACCCCCCAAACAAGAAGUGCAUCUGGACGAUAACGGUGCCUGAGGGCCAGACUGUGUCCCUGUCCUUCCGAGUCUUCGAUAUGGAGCUCCACCCUUCCUGCCGCUACGAUGCUCUGGAGGUCUUUGCUGGAUCUGGGACCUCAGGCCAGCGCCUGGGACGCUUCUGUGGCACCUUCCGGCCUGCACCUGUAGUUGCACCUGGCAAUCAGGUGACUUUAAGGAUGACAACGGAUGAGGGCACUGGGGGACGAGGCUUCCUGCUCUGGUACAGCGGUCGGGCCACCUCAGGCUCUGAGCACCAGUUUUGCGGGGGGCGGAUGGAGAAGGCGCAGGGAACCCUGACCACGCCCAACUGGCCUGAGUCGGAUUACCCCCCAGGCAUCAGCUGUUCCUGGCACAUCAUUGCACCCACAGACCAGGUGAUCCUGCUAACCUUUGGGAAGUUCGAUGUGGAGCCCGACACGUACUGCCGCUAUGACUCCGUCAGCGUGUUCAACGGAGCUGUGAGCGAUGACUCGAAGAGGCUGGGGAAAUUCUGCGGUGACAAGGCCCCUAGUCCCAUCUCUUCUGAAGGGAAUGAGCUCUUGGUCCAGUUUGUAUCGGAUCUCAGUGUCACCGCAGAUGGCUUCUCCGCUUCCUACAAGACCUUGCCACGGGAUGACGUGGAAAAGGGGCUAGCCUCAAGCCCAGGGGAAGAUGUCCAGCCUGGACCCCCAUCCCGCUCUGACCCAAAGACAGGAACUGGGCCCAAAGUCAAACCACCCACCAAACCUAAGUCCCAACCUGCAGAGAAAUCAGAGAGCUCCCCAAAUACACAGGAAACUCCAGCGGUCCUGGAUGCAUCCAGUGUCACCUGUCCAAAGCAGUACAAGCGGGUGGGCACCUUGCAGAGCAACUUCUGUGCCAGUAGUCUGGUGGUGACCGGAACGGUGAAGACCAUGGUCCGCGGCCCAGGUGAGGGCCUCACCGUCACCAUCAAUCUCCUCGGUGUCUACAAAAGCGGAGGCCUAGAUCUGCCCUCUCCGCCCAGGGACACCCCUCUGAAGUUCUACGUGCCCUGCAGGCAGAUGCCCCCCAUGAAGAAAGGAGCCAGUUACCUGCUGAUGGGCCAGCUGGAAGAAAGCAGAGGCCCCGUCCUCCCCCCAGACAGCUUUGUGGUUCCCUACAAGCCCAACCAGGACCAGAUCCUCAAUAACCUAAGCAAGAGGAAGUGUCCCUCCUUCCCUAGGCCAGCUGCCUGAGGUCCCAGCCAGAUGCAGCCUGAGUGUGGUGCUCUCAACCGAUUAAAUGUUUCGUAACUCAGGAAGGGAUCGCAUAUCAGUUCUAUGGUUGCGUGGGGGUAUGCAUCUUGGAUUUCAGAAUACUUUUUCCUUGGGGUAGAAGGUAAACUCGAACUUCCACAUGCUAGGCAAGUACUCUACCACUGAGCUACAUCUUCAGCCUGCUUUAGGAACACAGGGUAGGGGCCAGGGAGUGGUGGCACACACCUUUGAUCGCAGCACUCAGGAGGCACAGGCAGGCGGAUCUCUGAGUUUGAGGCCAGCCUGCUCUACAGAGUGAGUUCUAGGACUAGCUUCAUAGCUACUAGGAAAUCCUGUCUCAAAAACUCAGCACCCAUAUGCUCACAACAUUUUGUAACCAGUUCCAGGAGAUCCAAUGGCCUCUUUUGGCCUCUGCAGGCAGCAGCGUAUAUGCAGGCAAAUCAUCCAAAUGCAUUUAAAAAAAAAUCUUAAACACCAGCUGUCCCCCUACCCCGGCCCCAAAUCCUAACUAGAAGCUGAGUGUGUGCCACCUGUAAUGACAGUACUUGGGAGAUGGAGGUAAGGUGAUCAGGAGUUCAAAGCCAGCCUGGGCUAUAUAGUAAUUGGAGGCCAAAUCUGAGUUAUAUAAGGUUGAGUAUCAUGAUUUAAGAAGUUAAAAGAGCUGGGCUAUGGUGGCUCAUGCCUUUAAUCCCAGCACUUGGGGCAGAAGCAAGCAGACUCUGAGUUUGAGGCCAGCCUGGUCUACAGAGUAGGUUCCAAGACAGCCAGGGCAACACAUAAAAACCCUGUCUGGGAAAAGCAAACAGAAGUUAGAGGAAUGUCCGCUAGGUACUAACACUCCACUGCUCCAAAUAUUGAGAACUGGGCCACAGAGAUGGCAUGCUGCCAAGCCUGACGACUUGAGCUCUGUCUUCAGGACUCACACAGUGGAAGGAGAGAACCCACUUCUGCAAGUUGUCCGUCCUCUAUUUGUACAAAUGCACGAACACACACACAUAAAAUAAACAGGGCUGGAGAGAUGGCUCAGUGGCUAAGAGCACUGGCUGUUCGUCCAGAGGACCCGGGUUCAAUUCCCAGCACCCACAUGGCGGCUCACAACUGUCUGUGACUCCAGUUCCUGGGCUUCUGACGCCCUCACACCAAUAAACAUGCAGGCAAAACACCAGUGCACAUAA